ACGGGAUGAGUUUUUGUGCUCGUAGGGGCUGCGGUAAGGGACAGUGAUUAUCUCUGAGACAGUGCACGUCGUUCACUGUUUUCAGUAUUACAUUGUUCAUUCGUAGGAGCUGUAGGAAAUUGGUGUGGAAUUUAUUUGGAUGUGGAAUACCUUCGAGAUGUCCAGAAACGUUAUCGCAAAUGGUAAUUGGAAGUUUUGGUGCCGCCUCUGUGCUAAAGAGGACACAGGAAAUAUUGAUGUGUUGUCGGAAGAGAAUAUAACACUAAUGCCUGCAAUCUCUGCUAGAAACCACAGUCAACUUCUUGCCACCAUAGAAGAGUUUUUUCAAGUUUACAUCGAACAGGAUGACGAUCUUCCCCAUUCCCUUUGUGCGCAAUGUUUUUCAUUGGUUUCAACCUUGGUUAAAUUUUCUGAGCGUGUAAAAACUGUGCAAGAUAUGUACGAUGCUAUUCAACAAUCAGACCGAAAAACAGUGGAUUUGAAAGUAUUUCGAGAGAACUUUAACGUAUUUGAGGACGAUUUAUUUAUGUUCAAUCUCUCGCAAACAAAAUCAGCCGAUGAAAAUAUACUGGCUGAUGAGGAUAUUGAAGUUCCAGGAGAUAGUGUUGUGAAAUGUGAAAGUGAAAUGGUAUUUGAAUGCAAAGGUGAAUUGCAGGAUCCUCUUGUUGAUGACGUUGAAAGCAUUGUUAGCGAAGUAGAGAGCGUUAAUUCUCUAAACAACAGUGAAGAAACCGUUAGUAUAGAAAUAGAUGAGGACGAGACGGUUGAUAGUCUUAAUGGACAACAUAGUGCAAGAAAUUUUAACGAAACAUGUGAAUCAGGGUUACUUAGUUCUAUGGAAGAAUCAAUGGAAGACGAUUUCUUCUGUGGCGACUGUUCAACACAGUUCCAACGCUUGAGCAAUUAUCGUACACAUUUGAAGAAAAAACAUGGAAGGGAUUUGGAACCCUUACAAUGUCCUGAAUGUCCUAAAUCCUUCGUAGGUAAACAUGUACUAGAUCGCCACAUAAAAUCACAUCGGCCACUAUCAGAGAGGCGUAUAUUUCCAUGCCCAGAAUGUGGCCUAAAAUUCCAACAAAAAGAUUAUGUGGCCAAACAUAUAAAGUAUGUGCACGAAGAUAGCCGUCCGUUUAUUUGUGAUGAAUGUGGAGAAGGUUGCCGAACAAAAUCUAGUCUGAGGAUGCAUAUGCUUGUACACAGCGACUUUGCGCCUUUUGAAUGUGAAGUAUGUAAGAAAACCUUUAAAAUGAAGAAGCGCCUAAAUAGUCAUAUGGAUAUACAUAGUUCCAGUAAAUUCACCUGUAGUAAGUGCGGCUUACAACUAAGCUCACGCAUAACCCUACGGCGACAUAUGGUUGUACAUUCCGAUAUAAAGCCCCACAAAUGUGAUUAUUGUGGGACUGCUUUCAAACGCGCUAAGGGUCUGAAGAAUCAUUUAAUACUGCACAGCGGCCUAAGACUAUAUCCUUGUGAGUUCUGUGAAAACACGUUUACUAGCAGAUCCAGUUGCCGUUCCCACUUAAAAAAAAUACAUCUUGAUGAAUUCGCUGCUUUAGAGGCUUCUGGUGUAAAAGCUUACACGAAAGAUGUACCAAAGUUGGCCGUAUUAAAGAAAGUAAUACAAUCAACAGAAAUCGAUCUUAAACCAGUUGUUCAAAAACGGCGCGUUAAUUUUCCAUUGAACAAAAAAACUAAAGACUCACGUGAUACAACAACCGUAAAGGAGAUAUUUUUCGCAAAAAGAGAAGCCAGCCAUUUAUCGUGAUUUUGGGAACUUAUAUAUAUAUAUAUACAUAUAUAUAUUUGGCGCGUACACCCUUUUUGGGUAUUUGGCCGAGCUCCUCCUCCUAUUUGUGGUGUGCGCCUUGAUAUUGUUCCACAAAUGGGUAACUUUUACAUUACUAUAAAAUUAGAUUAGUCUGAUUAAUCGGAAUAUAAUAAAAUUUUCCAAAAUAAACACGUGGAAAAAAAUCAAAUCAA